AUGUGGAUUGAUGUGAACGUGGACGUGGACAUGGACGUGGAUGUGGACAUGGACGUGGACGUGGACGUGGAGGACUUGGACGUGGACAUGGACGUGGACAUGGACGUGGACUUGGACGUGGACAUGGACUUGGACAUGGACGUGGACAUGGACGUGGACAUGGACUUGGACAUGGACAUGGACAUGGACGUGGACGUGGACGUGGACGUGGACGUGGACGUGGACGUGGACAUGGACGUGGACAUGGACGUGGACGUGGACAUGGACGUGGACAUGGACGUGGACAUGGACGUGGACGUGGACGUGGACGUGGACGUGGACGUGGACGUGGACAUGGACGUGGACAUGGACGUGGACGUGGACGUGGACGUUGACGUGGACAUGGAAGUGGACGUGGACGUGGACGUGGACGUGGACAUGGACAUGGACGUGGACGUGGACGUGGACGUGGACAUGGACAUGGACGUGGACGUGGACAUGGACGUGGACGUGGACAUGGACGUGGACAUGGACGUGGACAUGAACGUGGACAUGGACGUGGACGUGGACGUGGACGUGGACGUGGACAUGGACGUGGACAUGGACGUGGACGUGGACGUGGACGUGGACGUCGACAUGAACAUGGACGUGGACGUGGACAUGGACGUGGACGUGGACAUGGACGUGGAGGACUUGGACGUGGACUUGGACGUGGACGUGGACGUGGACAUGGACGUGGACGUGGACGUGGACGUGGACAUUGUCGUGGACGUGGACGUGGACGUGGACGUGGACGUGGACAUUGUCGUGGUCGUGGACGUGGACGUGGACGUGGACGUGAACGUGGUCGUGGACGUGGACGUGGACGUUGAGGUGGACAUGGACAUGGUCAUGGACGUGGACGAGGACGUGGACGUGGACGUUGACGUGGACAUGGAAGUGGACGUGGACGUGAACGUGGUCGUGGACAUGGACGUGGACGUGGACGUGGACAUGGAUGUAGACGUGGACGUUGACGUGGUCGUUGACUUGGACGUGGAGGUGGACGUGGACGUGGACGUGGUCGUGGACAUGGACGUGGACGUGGACGUGGACGUGGACAUGGACGUGGACAUGGACAUGGACGUGGACCUGGACGUGGUCGUGGACGUGGUCGUGGACGUGGACGUGGUCGUGGACGUGGACGUGGUCGUGGACGUGGACGUGGACAUGGACGUGGACGUGGACGUGGUCGUGGACGUGGUCAUGGACGUGGAGGACUUGGACUGGUCAUGGACGUGGUCGUGGACGUGGAGGACUUGGACGUGGAGGACUUGGACGUGGACGUGGACAUGGACGUGGACGUGGUCGUGGACGUGGAUGUGGUCGUGGACGUGGUCGUGGACGUGGACGUGGUCGUGGACGUGGUCGUGGACGUGGACGUGGACGUGGUCGUGGACGUGGAGGACUUGGACGUGGAGGACUUGGACAUGGACUGACGUGGACGCGGACGUGGACGGGGACGUGGACGCGGACGUGGACGCGGACGUGGACGCGGACGUGGACGUGGACGUGGACGUGGACGUGGACGUGGACGUGAACGUGGACGAGGACGUGGACGUGGACGUGGACGUGAACAUUGAUACGUGGACGCGGACGUGGACGUGGACGUGA